AUGUCGUUCCGGCCGAUGUUGCAACAGCGGGCUGUGGCUCCGAUCGCAGCCACUCUCCUCGCGGGAGGCAUUGCUUUGUACCCCAAGCAGACAGCGUUUGCAGAAGAGCCUCGAGACAACCGCAAACCGAUCUACGAUGACUUCCCAGCCGACAUCCCCGAACCCUCCAAACCCGCACAACCUGCCCAGCCCGCGGCUACUCAGCUGUUCUCUGCACCGGCUGUGCAACAAGCCCCCUCCUCGCCCACCCCGACAGAUAUCCUGACCGCCCAGGUCCGACAAGCCCGUCUUUUCCUUUACUCCAACUCCCUUGCCGCCGAGAACGGCUUCAACAACUUCCUGUCUCGGGCCCUCAACAUCGAAAACUGCUUCACCAACACCGUUGCCUCGCUCGCACCUUCGCCCGAGUCUGGUGAGCGCCUGCUCCCCGGCGGUGUCUAUGCUGUCGUGGCUGCCAUGGCCGGUUCGAUCGUUUCCCGUAACCGUGGUAUCUUCCUCCGCACUGCGUCGCCAAUUGCUUUUGGUACCGCUGCUGCCUACACCCUUCUUCCAGUUACUAUGCGCAAUGUCGGAGACCUUGUGUGGGAGUAUGAGAAGAAGGUUCCUGCCGUUGCGGAGCAGCACAUCGCUAUCCGUGAGCGAGCGGAGCACAUCUGGUUCACUGGUGUUGCGCACAGCGGGAUGGCGCGCCAGAUGAUGGAGGAGAAGAUUGGUGACACUCGCAAGAAGCUGGAGGCACUUGUGAGCAAGGGCCACUAA